CGGAUUGAGGCGCCGCCAUUUUUGCAGCCCGGGCGCGGAGCGAGAGGCUGAGAGUUGGAGACGCUAUCCGCUUCCAUCCGUCGCGCAGACCCUGCCGGAGCCGCUGCCGCUAUGGAUGAUCGGGAGGAUCUGGUGUACCAGGCGAAGCUGGCCGAGCAGGCUGAGCGAUACGACGAAAUGGUGGAAUCAAUGAAGAAAGUAGCAGGGAUGGAUGUGGAGUUGACAGUUGAAGAAAGAAACCUCCUAUCUGUUGCAUAUAAAAAUGUGAUUGGAGCUAGAAGAGCUUCCUGGAGGAUAAUCAGCAGCAUUGAACAGAAAGAAGAAAACAAGGGAGGAGAAGACAAACUAAAAAUGAUUCGGGAAUAUCGGCAAAUGGUUGAGACUGAGCUAAAGUUAAUCUGUUGUGACAUUCUGGAUGUACUGGACAAACACCUCAUUCCAGCAGCUAACACUGGCGAGUCCAAGGUUUUCUAUUAUAAAAUGAAAGGGGACUACCACAGGUAUCUGGCUGAAUUUGCCACAGGAAAUGACAGGAAGGAAGCUGCGGAGAACAGCCUAGUGGCUUAUAAAGCUGCUAGUGAUAUUGCAAUGACAGAACUUCCACCAACACAUCCCAUUCGCUUAGGUCUUGCUCUCAAUUUUUCCGUAUUCUACUAUGAAAUUCUUAAUUCCCCUGACCGUGCCUGCAGGUUGGCAAAAGCAGCUUUUGAUGAUGCAAUUGCAGAACUGGAUACGCUGAGUGAAGAAAGCUAUAAGGACUCUACGCUUAUCAUGCAGUUGUUACGUGAUAAUCUGACACUAUGGACUUCAGACAUGCAGGGUGAUGAUUCCUAAAGGAAAAUCCAACUCUUCCUUUCCCAAAAACUCUACUUUGUGAAGAGCAGAAUAAAGAAGCGCUGCAGGAUGUGGAAGAUGAAAAUCAGUGAGACAUAAAAGCCAACAAGAGAAACCAUCUCUGACCACCCCACACCUUCCCAUCCCACCCCUCUUGGAAAUUCCCCCAUUGUCACUGAGAACCACCAAAUCUGACUUUUACAUUUGGUCUCAGAAUUUAGGUUCCUGCCCUGUUGGUUUUUUUUUUUUUUUUUUUUUUUUUUAAAAAAAAAACAGUUUUCAAAAGUUCUUAAAGGCAAGAGUGAAUUUCUGUGGAUUUUACUGGUCCCAGCUUUUAGGUUCUUUAAGACACUAACAGGACUGCAUAGAGGCUUUUUCAGCAUUACUGUAUUGUCUCCUGCCAGAUGUGGCAAGAUCACCAUUAGAAAUGGAAAUUACAUUCGAAAGCCAUUAGACUUUUAGGUGAUGCAAGCAUCUAAGAGAAAAGUUAAUCACACUAUAGAGGUGUAUGUGGUAUCAUUUUCCCUUUUUCUAAUUGUUUAAAUUGAACUUUAUACCAAUGUUUAAAAAUAAUUGGAUGUUAGCUUGAGGUGGUUAAAGGUGGUUUGGGGAGUUUGUUGUAAUGGUUUUGCUGUAAAAAGUGUUUCAAACUCUGCUGAAAUGUUGCUGAAAAGCAUGGUGCUGGUAACAGUUCAACAAUCCGUGGCUGCUCAUUCUUGCCUACUUUACUCUCCCUCUGAAGCAGGUUAGCAUUGAAGGUGGUAAUGGAAAAGCCUGCAUGCGUGUUCAAUUCUUUGUUUCUUCUCCUUCCCUCUCCCCCUGGGCCCCGCCCCUCCCCUCCUUCGCUCGCUCAACCUCUUUUGUUCAGUAUGUGUAACUUGAAGCUAAUUUGUACUACUGGAUAUCUGACUGGAGCCACAGAUACAGAAUCUGUAUUGUUCUUACUGAAACACAGCAUGGAUUAACAUUAAACUUAAAUAAAACAAACCUAAAUUAAAAAUGCCAAACAUCA